GGCAUUGGUUUGCACCAAAAACCACUUGCUAAAACCCGUCUGUUCACCUCAUUGUGAUCCUGGAGAAGCUGAAAUUAGCAGCUCUUGGUCAGCGUAAGGCAGAGAGCUGCAGUCACAGCAUGGACACAAAGUGCACCCCUUGUUUACCUGACACCUAUACAGCCGUCUGGAAUCGAUCUCCUCAGUGCUUUCUUGCUCUCCACCCUGCAGGAAAGGAUUUGUAGAGCGUCAAACGUGCACACUAUCACAGGACAGGACCUGCAGCUGCCCACCCAAGUACUGCAUUUCAAAGAUGUAAACUGCAUAAAAAAUGUGGGAAAGGUUACUGAGUCUCCAGAAGAGUUGUAAAUCAGUGGCUGUUGCAGGAAACAGCGUGAAUGACACUUGCCAUGACUCAGCUGACACAGUUCUACCUCACACUGUUAUAAACCUCCUCCCGAGCCAAAGCUCAACUUGCAGCAAUGGUGAAGUAGUAACACAGCCUGUCAUUCUGAACUCUGUGCCUGACAUGUCCUACAUCAUUGCCCCUACAGAGAAGCAGUGUGACAAAAAUGUAAGAAAUGCAGAAUUGCAAAACUCCAGCAGUUCUGAACAGGAGGAGCAGCAUCUCUUGGAACCUCCUGGUUCAAACAGCAGCUCCCUGGAUAAUCCAGCUGGAUCUGCAAGAGUCAGUGUAAUAAAUAACAAAGACAGUGAUAAAAAAGAAAGUUUCCAACAGCAUUAUGCAGCUGCAGAAGGGUGUAAGCUUCACUGUGGAGCCAGGCACAGCUCUGCAAGUUCAGACCUCUCGGGUAAUGGAGGAACGCAGGUGAAUGUGACUUGUGUUGUUAAAAUAUGUAAUCCAGAUUGUGGCUCCCAGUUUCCAAAACAGAGUAGUCCAGCUAGCAUGGAUUAUGGAAGUGCUCAGUGUUCUCCAACAGAGGGAGAAGGUUCCCUUUCAAAAGAAGAAAACCCCUUGAAAAAAGAAACUGAAAUUCAGAUAUUGGUGGAAGCCAAGGACAAUUUAUUUCAGGAUUUACUUCCGGACACAGAGAAUUCUCCUCUGGGUAUUCAAGAUAUGGGGAUAAAAACUGUUUAAAGGAAAUGACGGAUUUUAUACUGAUUGACUGAUAAUCAGAUCAGCCCUUAUGUUCACAACCAAACAUGUUAAAUACAGCAUUUCUACAGAUUUGAAAUCUCAGAAGAACUUUUUUUUUUUGAGGUUUUUAAUCUCUUCUUUGUCAGCUUUGAGAGUCAAAAGCUGAGUUUUGCAAUUUUGAAUGAGUUACUAUUUUUUAAUGCUUACUGAUCUCAGGUAAUGAAUUCUCUCUUGAAGGUUGCGUAGAGUAAUCUAUAAAAACCUAUAAAAAAGUGUCUCAGACCUCAGAACCUGAAAAUCCUGUUCCAUCUUUCACUUGUAGCUCAGUACUGAGAUCUAUCCACCCACUUCUUAUAGAACAGCAUCUACUCUAUGACUGCAGAUGAGAAUCAGGCUUUUAAAACACAUACUUUAAACUUGCAUAUAACGUAAGAGGUUUAUUAGUACUUCUAGAACUGAGAAGUGGCAAAUAGGUCUUUCAUCCUACUAUGAAGAAACUUUACAACUUCAUGUUAAACUUGAAGGUCAUUUGAUUUUGUAUAAUGCCCUUUUCUGUUGUACUGAGUAUUUUAAUGUCCUACCCAACAGCUCCCAGUGCUGGGAGCACAUUGGAAGAGUAAUGUCAGAGUUUUGAAGAAGUUUUAGAUUAUGUUAUGGUAGUUAAAUUUAUAGGUUUUCAGACUAUGGAGCAGUGUGACAGAAGGGAAAUUCAAUUCUUAUGUUGAAGUAUAAAAAAUGUGCUUGUAUUUGUUAAGAAAAGGAUAAAUAGUGUGUUUUUAUACUUGCAUCUUUGUUUUCUACCUCCCUACUGAACCAAAAUUCUGCUUUUUAGAAGGGCUUGUUUCAUUCUAUAGGGUAAACCAUUGCUUUUAAAGUCAAAAUUUUAUUUCAUAGUACUUAAUUAAAAGAGGAUUGAUCCA